AUGUUCCUGUAUUAUAUCUCAGAUGUGGAUUACAAUUUUAUGACUCAGAUGAUUCAUCCUGAAUUUCUUGGACUUUUUGUGUUUUAUUUGAGCAUUUAUUUGAGGAUCAUGUAUGCAUGUAGUUUUUACAGUAUUUUUGUUUUCUAUUAUUUUAAAUAGUGCCUGGUGAACAUGGAAAGGCCAUACCCAUUUGCAGGCCUUAGACUAUAAUUCUAGCUUGAGCAAAGGGAUUUCACUAAGCCUGUGAAACUCUGCACACUGUGAACAUAACAUCCAUUCAGUCAAGCAGUGCAGCUGCUAGCUGCCCAAUUGUUCAUGUUGGGUUCAGUAGACUAACAAUCAAAGAUGGAUUUUGGAGCACUGGAAACAGUGGUAGCCAAUUCUGCAUAUAUUACAGCACGGGGUAGUUUUGAUGGAGGCUUUAAUCCACAAAUUACAAGGAACAAGAAAUAUCGAGCAAGGCUCAAGCUACCACCCCUCUCCGAGUGCGAACACUUGAAGGAAAAACUUGAUCUACAGUUUGAAAAUAUUUGUGUCAAGCAACCUAUUGGGAAAAAAAUAUUUCAAGAAUUUUUGGAAACAACUGAGUUUGCUCAUAUAGUGGAGAUUUGGAAUGAUAUUGAAGACUAUGAUGUUGCUGAGGAUGAGGAUCGUUUGCGGAAAGCUAGGGCUAUCAUUAACAAAUAUCUUGAUUCUGACUCAAAGCAAUUUUGUCACUAUUUAGAUGAGAAAGCAAUCAUAAAAGUAGUACAGGACUGUAAUAAAGUCUCAGACAUGCUCUUUAAACAGCUACUUAAAUCCACAACUGAUUAUUUGAAAGAAAAUACAUUUUCACUAUACAAGGAAAGUAAAUAUUUUUCCAAGUUUCUACAAUGGAAACAGCUUGAAGCUCAACCCAUUGGAGAUGACUGGUUUAUGGACUUUAGGAUCCUUGGAAAAGGGGGAUUUGGAGAAGUAUCUGCUACGCAAAUGAGGGCAACAGGUAAAAUGUAUGCUUGCAAGAAACUCAGCAAGAAACGAUUAAAGAAAAGGAAGGGAUUUGAAGGGGCUAUGGUGGAAAAAAGAAUUCUUGCUAAGGUCCACAGCAGAUUUAUUGUCUCACUGGCAUAUGCAUUCCAGACCAAGACUGACGUUUGCUUAGUUAUGACGUUAAUGAAUGGUGGUGACCUACGGUUCCAUAUUUACAAUUUGGAUGAAGAAAAUCCCGGACUUGAUGAACACAGAGCUUGCUUUUACACUGCUCAGAUCAUAUCUGGGUUGGAACAUUUGCAUCAAAACAGGAUCAUCUACCGAGACCUCAAACCUGAAAAUGUGCUAUUAGACAAUGAUGGAAAUGUCCGCAUAUCUGACCUUGGACUUGCUGUAGAACUUAAGGAAAAGAAAUCAAAAACUAAGGGUUAUGCAGGAACACCAGGAUUUAUGGCACCUGAAUUAUUGCAAGGUGAAGAAUAUGAUUAUUCUGUAGAUUAUUUCUCACUGGGUGUCACACUGUAUGAAAUGAUAGCCGCACGUGGCCCCUUUCGAUGCAGAGGAGAAAAGGUUGAAAACAAGGAGCUAAAGAAUAGAAUUCUGAAUGACUCAGUGACCUACACAGUAAAGUUCAGCCUCGACUGCAAGUCCAUCUGUGAAGCCUUACUAGACAAAGAUCCCAAAAAAAGGAUGGGGUUUAAAGAUGGAAAUUGCAAUCAAAUACGAGCACACUUGUUUUUCAGAGGAAUAAACUGGAGGAAACUUGAAGCUGGUAUCCUGCCGGCACCUUUUGCCCCAGACUCCAGAAUGGUCUAUGCAAAGGAUAUUCAAGAUGUUGGAGCGUUUUCAACAGUUAAAGGAGUCACCCUUGAAGAAUCUGACAACAAGUUGUUUGAUGAGUUUGCUUCAGGCAACAUCCCUUUAUCCUGGCAGGAAGAAAUGAUUGAAACUGGAAUUUUUGAGGAAAUUAAUUCAGACAUAAAUGAUGUUAGAAGGGAAUCUAUUGUGAAUGACAAUUCUGCCAAGUCAGGAGUAUGUCGAAUUGCCUAGAGGAUGCAGCAGUGUUUUCAGUCCAAGAUGCUCCUGUUGAAUAUUCUUGAGUAUGCUUUGUUGACUGCUAUGUUUUUUUUCUUUUUAAAAUAUCCCAUCAAAAAAGAUGCUUUACUAUACAAUAGGUCUCUGCAGUUGAUGCUGCUCAUUUUACAUCUGUACAUAUCUGAACUGCAAUGAGAACAUUGGUCACUGGCAAUGUUUUUAUGUCUGCAAGAAAUGCAUGGAAGACAUUAAAUAUAUAUUAGAAUAGGCAAUCAUUUUUUAACUGAUAAUCUGUGAUCCUCUGCAGAUGAAAGAGAUACGUCUGCAUCAGUAUAAUUCAGUCAACAGAUUUUAUUCUAGAGAUUGUUGCAAUUUUUUAGUGCUGCUUAGUCAAUAACUUUCAUAGGUAGUUCAAGUUGGCUAGAUUUUAAUCACCUUUCUUAUCAAAGAGAUGGAUUAAUGCUCCAUAGUAAGAACUUAUUCAUCAGUGGUGAUUUUGGUGUUGUAAUUAUGACGCAAUAUAUUAUUGUUAUAUUUUAAUACUAAAUCGAAUUGUUUUCUAAUUGUAUUCACCCCUGUGUUCUGGGACAGAACAUUGCAUGACAUCCACAAUAUAAAUUCUAAGUUUGUUUCAA